UUUGUUUGCCGUCGCACGUUUUGCUGUUGAUACAGAAAAUUGGCACACGAGCGUAAAUUUGGCUCGUGCAGCAGGGGACAGAGCUGCGCUUUGAAUAAAAUUACUUGUGGGAAGAGCCUUGGCCGGGCCUCCUACAGGCAAAUAAAGGAUUGGGGAGGAAGUGCCUUUUGGGGAGCAGCGAGCGAGUGCGCGCCGCACAACCAGCGCAUUUUCUUCAUUGGAGAAAAUCAACGAGCACACCAAGGACCUAGAUGGAGUCGACGGUAAAAAACACGACUACAGCCAUGGCAGAGAUCAUGCACAUGGUAGUCGACAACUACAACGAGCUGGUUGAACACACAAAGGAUCCGACCGUAGAUUCAUGGCUACUGAUGUCCAGUCCGUGGCCGGUGUUCUCGAUAUUGGCCUGCUACCUCUACUUCGUGCUCUACCUCGGCCCCAAAAUCAUGGCGAAUCACAAACCUUUCCAGCUCACCGGCGUGCUCAUUGCUUAUAACUUUGUUCAAGUCAUCUUCAGCAUAUUUUUGGCCUACCUCCCGUUCCAAGAGAGCGCAUUUUCGUACCUGAUCAACAACGCUUGCUCGGCGCAUCGCACCGCGGAGUUUUCCAGAGCGCUGUCAAGCGGUGCGUGGUGGUACUUCUUUGCCAAAGUCACCGAGCUUCUUGAUACGAUCUUCUUCGUGCUGAGGAAAAAACAGAGUCAAGUGACCUUCUUGCACGUCUACCACCACACCAUCACCGUCAUCUUUUCCUGGGUUUAUCUGAAGUAUAUUCCAGGCGAGCAAGGAAUCGUCAUCGCUUUCCUAAAUUCGCUGGUGCACAUCGCCAUGUAUACGUAUUACUUGAUUGCUGCCAUGGGUCCCAAGUACCAGAAGUACCUGUGGUGGAAGAGAUAUAUGACCUGGAUUCAGCUGAUCCAGUUUUGCCUGAUGGUUGCCUACAUGCUGGGGCUGUUGGCCUACGACUGCAAGCUGCCGAAAGCGCUCACUCUCUUCUUCGUUGGCAACUCCAUCGUGUUCCUCUUUCUCUUCUCCGACUUCUACCGCAAAGCGUACGUCAAGAACAAGCCAAAGGUCAACUAAAUGGGCAUUAUUGGCCGCGUCUGCCAUAUAUUUAUGAUUCUCAUUAAUUUUGCACCUGAUUGUAAAACAUAAGUGGCCUUCCGAGUAGUUCAGGACGAGGAGUUAACUUGCGCGAGAGAGCGGAAAGACGACAGAGUUCCUCCACUUUUGAUUGUGAGAUUUGUCAUUUUAAUUCAAAUAUAUGCCGUUUUAAACAUUUUUGUGGGUUUUGAACAACAAAGAAUGAAAAUGUCACUGUAGGAAUUAGAGGUUUAAACAAACUUUAUAUUUAAUUGUACUUAGAUAUACAUUCAUAUUCAUAUUUUGCUGUACUGUAUAAUGCAUAUAAGUUAAAUUAUGUGAGUAAACAAGGGAAUUACACGUUUUCUCUUUUCAAUGCCCAUAUAUAUCCACUCAAAAUACAUAUACAAUACAGAUAGAUUCAUCAAAAUAAUAUCUAAAGCCUUUUUUAGUAAAAAGGUCUCUCGAUUCCCAUUUGCUGGCAUCCUUCCUUAGUUUUUAAAAGCUUCUUAUUUAAUAGAGAUAUGCAAAUUCUGUUUGUAUUUGCAGAUACAUAAUUUAUUGCUUCUUCUACCUUGCUUCUAGAGUGUCCCUUUAUUGCCUCUAUUUAAAUUCAUAUGUCCGUACGUGGGAAUACAUUGCACGUGAAAUUGAAAUAUUCACCUUAAAGCAAACUGAUGACUCUCGUCUAUAAAGGCCUUGCUUGGCCUUACCUAUUUCUCUCCUCGAAAACUUGGAAAAUCGAAGACAUAAAUAUAUUUCAUGCACAGCGUUAAUGAGAUGUAUAGUAUAAACUGUUUUCAAAAUCAACGAAUAUAUUUUAGAAUGAGUACAAUAUACACGUACAAAUAUUUUGUAUAUCUCUUCGAUUUGGAAAUGAAAGAAGCCAGCAAAAUUAUAUAUACGUGCCAUUAUAAACGGUCAGAAAACACCACAAACUUGUCAAUAAAAACCACUUGUCUCCCUAA